UUCAGAUAAGAGCUGCAGGCUCCCUGACAGGUGCAUUUGGUAGCAUCCGCGGAACUAGACCUCCGCUUGCUGGCGCGGCCCCGACUCCUGGGACACAGGCUGCUCGCGAGGCGGAGCGGAGGGCAUCCCCCGAGAGGAGACAGCACCCGGGGUGCGGCCCAGGGCCUGGCAGGGAGACUGUAACCGUAGGAAUUCAGCUACCUACACCAAGCAAUAUGAAGAUCUUCUUUGUAGAACCUGCCAUUUGCCUCAGUGCAUUUGCAAUGACUUUGACCUCUCCCCUGACAACACAAUAUGUGUACAGGAGAAUAUGGGAAGAAACGGGCAACUACAGUAUGGAAGCCGAGAGCAACAUUUCUGAGUGUGAAAAAAACAAGAGCAGCCCAAUUUUUGUAUUCCAGGAGGAAGUUCAGAAAAAGGUGUCUCUUUUUAAUCUGCAGAUGGACAUAAGUGGUUUAAUUCCUGGUCUAGUGUCCACGUUCAUACUUCUGACCCAUAGUGAUCAUUAUGGACGAAAAUUCCCUUUGAUUUUGUCUUCUGCUGGUGCCCUUGCGACCAGCGUCUGGCUCUGUUUGCUUUCCUAUUUUGCCUUCCCAUUCCAGCUUUUGAUUGCAUCUACCUUCAUUGGGGCACUUUGUGGCAAUUCUACCACAUUUUUGGGAGCUUGUUUUGCCUACAUAGUUGAUCAGUGUAAAGAAGAGAAACAAAGAACAAUUCGAAUAGCUAUCAUUGACUUCAUCAUUGGACUUGUUACUGGAUUAACAGGACUGUCUUCUGGCUAUUUCAUUAGAGAACUCGGUUUUGUGUGGUCCUUUUUAAUUAUUACUAUGGCUCUGACUGUGAACUUGAUUUAUAUUUUAUUUUUUCUUGGUGAUUCAAUGAAAGAGCCUUCGUCUCAAAAUGUUUCCAUAUCAUGUAGUGAAAGUUUUAAAAACUUAUUUUACCGAACUUACAUGCUUUUUAAAAAUGCUUCUCGUGAGCGACGCUCUUUGCUCUGUUUGUUACUUUUCACAAUGAUCACUUAUUUUUUUGUGAUAAUUGGCAUUUCUCCCAUUUUUAUCCUCUAUGAAUUGGAUUCACCGCUCUGCUGGAAUGAAGUUCUUAUAGGUUAUGGAACAGCUUUGGGUAAUAUCUCUUUUUUGAGUAGUUUCCUGGGAAUAUGGUUGUUUUCUUACUGUAUGGAAGACAUUUCCAUGGCCUUAAUUGGAAUUGUUACCACCAUGGCAGGAAUGGCUAUGACCGCUUUUGCGAGAACAACACUGAUGAUAUUUUUAGUCAGGCUACCCUUCCUUUUCACUAUUGUGCCGCUCUCUGUUCUCCGGUCCAUGAUGUCAAAAGUGGUUCUUUCUACUGAGCAAGGUACCCUGUUUGCUUGCAUUGCUUUCUUAGAAACACUCAGCGGAGCCACUGCGGUUUCUGCUUUUAAUGGGAUUUAUUCCGCCACUGUCGCCUGGUUCCCGGGCUUCACCUUUCUGCUCUCUGCUGGUCUGUUACUGAUUCCAGGGAUCAGUCUGUGUGUUGUCAAGUGCACCAGAUGGAGAAGGAAAAGAGAAGUACUUCUCAUCCAAGAAGAAUCCAGUGACGACACUUCGGACAGAUAAUUAACUGUCGUUUCAAAAAACAAACAAAUGCACAUAUCAUAUACUCUGACUUCUGAGACAUACAAACUAGCUCUUAGUACUUCAUGAACAAUCGAUGUAACGGGUCCUCUCUUCUAGGAAGGGCCUAGAACAGCCCCUGGCUCCCUCCCCAUAGUACUGUGCACUUUGAGCACUUUAUGAAUAUCGUGUACUUCCAGUACAGAGAAGAACAAAUCUCAAAAUGCUCCCCCUUUUGGAUUUACAAAAGAAACUGAAACUUAACCAUAUGGGAGGGGGGGAGGUUAAGAAACUUGACAGGACCAAAAGCAAUAAUCUCCCUAUAUACUCCAGUCUCUCACCCUGAAACUAAGGAGAACGCUUUACCUCAAUUUCUUCACCUGCAAAAUGGGUUACUGACCUCUCUCAAGGAUUUGGAAGGCAUACCUGUUGAAAAUCAUGAUGAAUCAUUCAAUGAUAGGAAAAUAAUAGAAGUUUCAAAUAUUUGUCAUUUUACCUCUGCUUGGGUAAUGCUUUGUUUUAUAGAGGUACUAUUGAUAGUGCAAGUUUUUAGUAGCUACAAAAUCCUUAAAAUGGAAGCACUUUAAAGAAUACAUAUUUUCACUUUUCCUAAUGUUUCAUCAGUGUCAGGCAUGAUAAUAUUUUUAUAGGUAACAAAGGGGUGAUUGAAAAAAAAUAAGGUUAUAAAUAAAAUUGUUUCUAAAGAAAUGUAAAAACUGAGUAAACAGCCAAUCAUGAAGUAAAGAAUUAUGAUAGCA